UAAUUAUAACAUUAAUUGAGUACAACUCAUAAUUAAUUAAUAGAUAAAAUGGCUUUAGAUAAUUAUGAAAAUCAUAAAAGACCUGAAUUGGUUUCAUUUGAUGAUAUAGAUUAUGAAAAGUUUCCUGAAGUUCAAGCUGCCAGAUCAUCGUUCACAAGAGAACAAUGGAUAAGAACAUAUGAAUUAAAAGUUACUCAUGAUGCUUUAAGAAAAUGUAAACAAUAUCAUCAACAUGAUGCUCAAAAGAAUUGUCGACCAUUAAUAUUUAAAUAUAUGAAGAUGAUUGAAAGUUAUCCAUUACAAGGUUACUUAGGAUAUCAAAAGAAUGAUCCAUCCAAGUAAGAUCAGAUCUACUCAUUUACAUAUAUUGCAUAUUCAUUUUUCACCAAUCAAUCAAUCAAUCAAUCAAUCACUAUAGAACACCUAUCAUCAAUCAGAUAUAUAAUGGAUUUAUGAAUUUCAUUAGAACAGGUAUAUUUCAUUUCUUCGAAAAGUAGAAGUAGUACUCAUUAUUACACUUUUAUAUUUAUUCGAAAUCACAUAUUUAGCAUAAUCAUUUACUAUUACAAGUAGUAUAUACUCCCCUUGUUUGUCAUAAACACAUUGUUUAAACAAGCACUUUCUUCUUACUUUCUUUACCAUCAUUAUUAUUAUUAUUAUUACUAUU